AUGAGCACGAAACGUGCUCACGAGACCUCCAUAGCCGCGUCGUCGGCAGCCUCGGCUGUUUCGUCCGUAAUGUCGUCGAAGCGCCCAACGCCGCAGCUGAGCAGCUUUGUCAUUCGCCUGCGUGGGGCCAAAGGAUUCUCUUCUUCAGCUCAGAGGACGGCUGAGAGCGACUCUUGUGUGCCGUCGAUGAGACUACACGACAGCGACGCCGUUGGCAACACUCAGCAGCCAAUCGGUGACAUGUGUGCGGCAUCGUCGUUAGGAUCAGCACCCACGGCCAUGACGCAAUUGAAAACGUCACUGUCGCAGAUGCAGCGGCUCGUCCGACUGCAACAGGAGCAGCUCUCGGCCCUUCUUCGAGCCCACGGGGACUUGCAGCGGCAGGUCACCGCUCAACAUGGAGCCUACAACGAAAUUGUGCAGCGCUCGAUGAGCCAAGGUGCGGAAAUGGAGGCUGCGCUUCAGAAGCACACCGCUCAAUGGCGGCGAGAGCAGGUCGCGAUGCAGGAGAGUGUCGCCGCUCUCUGGGAUAUCGUGUCAGAUGUACAUCAGCCACUGCACGUCAAGACCCGAUUUCCGGCGAAGAUCCUGGCGGCAUCACACCAGGCUGAGGAGAGUGCCUACUACUCUGAUAUUGCCUCCUUUAUUCAGCCGGACGUCACGGCUCCUUCGUUUCUGGCCGCAUCGUUGCUUCCGCGCAAGGACGGCCCGCUUCCUUCCGCGCAAGCGUCUGUCUCGGCGUUUGCGAACGGAUCCAGGCACCCGUGUGCGCCUUCAUCCCCCGGCGCCAUGAGCUUUGCCUCUGCGGUGCUAGGACCUUCAGCGACAGCUGUUCGCGCUGCACCCUAUAAGAUGGAUAUUCAGCAGCAGCAGGAGCAUCGUGAGUCCAUGGAGGACCGGGUAGUUGCAAUGUUGCACAGGAAGCCCACUGUGGUCGUGCGCCACUCGGCAUGGAGGCAGCAGUGA